GCUGAGCCAUAAGUUUCUCUUCAGCAUUCAUAUCGAAUUUCAAGAGUACCUACCAAGGUAGCUCACUUAUUAAAAGUUCGGUGUUUGAUUUGAUCAUCUCCUUAUUUGAAAUGGCACCUGAGAGGAAAUACGAGGAAUAUCAUCUUCUCUCACCAGAAGAUGAGACAUCAAGUGGUCCAAAGCCUCGGCGUCGUGGAGACUAUUCAGACACGCGCCCAUCGUUCACUCGCCUCAAAAGUUGGCGGAACCUUUUCCUCCCUUUGAUAAUCGCACCAUCUCUUCUACUUGGCUUUCUUCUAGGAAUAUAUGUUCCAUCAUCGAAAAUAAAGAUUGAGCUAUCUCCUUAUAUGAAACUAGGCUUUACUCAGCCGAACAAUUUAUGGUGGAAUACAGAGUACAGUGACCAGAAUGCAAGUGAAGCGGAGCUCAAUAAACUUUGGGAUGUCACCAUUCCCUGGGAAAACGGUAUCAUUGCACUUACAAGGGAAGAGGCACAAGAAAUGGAUCUUCCAGAAUCUCAACCGUUUCCUUGGGACUCCAAGGGAAAAAGUAUUUACAUCGUGAAUGGCCAUCACAUACUUCACUGUGUUAGAAAUAUUUACAUAUCCAUCCAACAAUACCGCAAUAACGUAACCCAGACUAUCAACUACCCACACAUACUCCAUUGCCUGGACAGUCUGCGUCUGGAAACCAUGUGUAAUGCAGACGAUACAUUGCGUUACGUUCCCCUCAACUCAGCCCAUGGUUAUCGACCAGGCGACGGCCAGUCACGCAAGUGUCGGGACUGGAGUCAAGUUCAAAAGUUUGUUGAUGCUCAUGACCCAUGCUACCGCUACCUUGAGCCUGGGAACAAUGAGCUAUCAAACUUGGAACGAUUUAAGUUUUGUCCCUCCGAUUCUGAUUACUUGCCCAAAAUCCGCAAAUAUUUUGGGUAUAGCGAUGACUGGGUCCCUGAGCCCCAAGAAGGGCCUCGGGAACUUCAGUGGUAAAUGGUUGUCGCGGUCAACUAUUGCGAGUAUUAUUGGGUACUAUAUUAUAGGUAUAGGCCUACUC